CAUGCAAUCCAAUCCGAUGGCGUACUGUCACGCGUAAAAGCUAAAAACUAUGUCGAUAAGUGAUUAAUUGGGAUACCGCCCCAACGACAUUUUUGUUGUCGGUCACUGUAAAGACUUUUGUGCCAAUUUAAAUCCAAGUGGUGUUGUAAUCAUCAAUCUGCCAUGGAUUUUCCCAGGCUACUUUGUGCAGCUGUGCUUCUUGUUUUGGGGUUGCUGCUGGGCGGACAGAAGGCGGUGAAUGGUGGUGCUGAUGGCGGUUCCGGGAGUUGUCGCUUUCCAGCCAUUUACAACUUUGGGGACUCAAACUCUGACACUGGGGCUAUCUCAGCUGCCAUAUCCGAAGUUCCUCCUCCUAAUGGUGAAACCUUCUUUGGAAAACCUUCCGGGCGCUUGUCUGAUGGCCGUCUUAUAAUCGACUUUAUCGCUGAGAAGUUGCAGAUACCAUAUCUUAGUCCAUACCUGGACUCACUUGGGACUAAUUUCCUGCAUGGUGCGAAUUUCGCAACCGGUGGUUCAUCGGUUAGGCCGGGCGGUUAUAGUCCGUUUCAUCUUGGCAUUCAAAUUUCCCAGUUCAUAAGAUUCAAGUCUCACAGCAUUGCUCUCUAUAAACAACUUCAUUCAACCAGAAGACUACCUAGGCCGGAGGACUUCCCGAAGGCUCUCUACACUUUCGAUAUUGGUCAGAAUGAUCUGGCCUACGGCAUCCAACACGGGACGAUAGAAGAAGUUAGAGCCUCCAUUCCUGCCAUCCUGAGCCAGUUAUCGCAAGCAAUAUCCCAACUAUACAAGGAAGGAGCUAGGUUUUUCUGGGUGCAUAACACAGGCCCUCAAGGAUGCUUGCCCUAUAGCGUUAUUUACGACAAAUCGAAGCCUGGUAAUCUGGACAAGAGCGGCUGCGUGAAGCCUCUCAAUGCGGUGGCUCAGGAGUUCAACCGGCAGCUUAAGAACAGCAUAAUGCUGUUGAGAUCACUGCUCCCUCUUGCAGCAUUCACGUACGUCGAUGUGUACUCAGCUAAAUACACUCUCAUUUCUGAUGCUAAAAAACAAGGUUUUGUUGAUCCUUUCGACUUUUGCUGCGGCAGUUACUACGGAUUCCACAUUGAUUGCGGAAGGAAAGCCGUGGUGAAUGGAACUGUGUAUGGCAAUCCUUGCAGCAGUCCGACAACGCAUAUCAGUUGGGAUGGGAUACACUACUCCCAGGCCGCCAAUGCACUGAUUGCCAGUCGCAUUCUCAACGGCUCACUCUCUGACCCCCCGGUUUCAAUCACGCACGCUUGUCAUAGUUCCAAGAAUACAUGAGCACGUUCAUGAAUCAUUAACCACAGCUUGUUUGAUCGAAAACCAUUAAGUAUACUACUAAUCAAUAAUUGUUAUCUCAAUCAAUCGAAAACCGUUUAGUUAUGGAAAUGGAAAAGAUCAGUCAAGGUUUGUUUUA